UAGUCAAGAUUCAUGGAUGCAAAUUGCUUUUAUACUUACCACCGGCAUAAACAGUGCGUAUGUAUUGGGAUAUUCCGGCACGGUUAUGGUUCCUUUAGGUUGGGUAGGAGGUUCAGUUGGUUUGGUUUUAGCAGCAGCUUUGUCGUUGUAUGCCAAUGUUCUUCUUGCCAGAAUUCAUGAGCUUGGUGGAAAGAGACACAUCAGAUACAGAGAUCUUGCUGGCCAUAUCUACGGAAAGAAUGCGUACGCUCUUACAUGGGCAUUCCAGUACAUAAAUCUUUUCAUGAUUAACACUGGUUAUAUCAUUUUAGCUGGUCAAGCUCUCAAGGCCAUGUACGUUCUUUUCAGGGAUGAUCACUUAAUGAAGCUCCCUUACUUCAUUGUUAUAGCUGGGUUCGUUUGCGCUUUGUUUGCCUUUGGUGUACCACAUCUAUCAGCUCUGAAGAUUUGGCUAGGAUUUUCAAAUUUCUUAAGUAUCAUAUACAUCGUCAUAGCAUUUAUAUUGGCGCUUAACGACGGGAAGAAGGCUUCACCUAGAGACUACAACAUUCCGGGUUCAACAGCAACCAAGAUUUUCUCCUGUAUCGGUGGAUUUGCAAAUCUCUUUUUCUCAUUCAAUACAGGAAUGCUUCCAGAGAUACAGGCAACAGUGAAACAGCCCGUGGUUGGAAACAUGGUGAAAGCUCUUGUCUUUCAGUUCACAAUCGGACUUGUACCUAUGUACGCCAUUACUUUAAUGGGUUACUGGGCAUACGGAAACCAAACAUCAGCAUACCUCCUUAACAAUGUCUCAGGUCCAGUAUGGGUGAAAGCAGUUGCCAACAUUUCAGCCUUUCUGCAGUCCGUCAUCGCUUUACAUAUAUUUGCUAGUCCAAUGUACGAAUACUUGGAUACAAAAUUUGGUCCAACUAAAGGAGGUGCAUUUUCUCUAAGCCAUAUCUCAUUCAGAGUUCUUGUACGAGGGGGUUACCUUACUAUAAACACCUUAGUGUCAGCCCUUCUACCUUUCCUCGGAGAUUUCAUGAGUUUAACUGGGGCCUUCAGCACAUUGCCACUCACAUUUGUCCUCGCCAAUCAUAUGUACCUAAUGGCGAAGAAGCAUAAGCUUUCAAUGCCACAAAAAUCUUGGCACUGGCUGAAUAUCACAUUUUUUAGUGUAGUGUCUGUUGCAGCAGGGGUUUCUGCCGUGAGGCUAAUCCUAGCUGACUCCAAAACGUACAACAUUUUUGCGGAUCUCUAA